CUAUUAACCAUCUUCGUCUUCUUCCCACGUUGAAUCCAUGGCCACCAAGCUCCUCCUCCUUCCUCCGCUCCUUCUUCUCAUCCUCCCAACCCUAAUCCUCCUCAAUGGCCCUUGGAAGGCUCCGUUUCGUCCCAGCGAUCUUCUUCCCCUGCUCCCCAGACCGGUCUCUUGGACCAUCCUCAGCUCCCUCCAUAGCGCCGUCGAUCUCCUUCCCACCUUCAUUGGCGCCGCCACCUCCUCUCCCAACUCAUCUCUCAACUGGAAAGGCGCUUGCUUUUAUAACAACACCGCUUGGAUGGUUUUCCACAACAAGAGCUCUUCCCCAUUUGGCGGCGGCACUCUCCACAUCAAGGCCAGCAAGGCUCAUAGUUGGACUUGUAUUGAUUUGUACAUUUUUGCGACUCCUUACCGUGUAACAUGGGAUUACUACUUUUUGGCUCGUGAACAUACUUUGGAUUUUAAAGAAUGGGAAACUGAAGCAGAGCUAGAAUAUGUGAAACAAAAUGGAGUUUCCAUCUUUCUUAUGAAGUCGGGAAUGAUUGGUACACUUCAAGCUUUGUGGGAUGUUUUUCCAUUAUUCUCAAAUAGUAGAUGGGGUGAGAAUUCAAAUCUUGCUUUUCUCAAGAAGCAUAUGGGUGCAACGUUUGAGCAACGCCCGCAGCCAUGGGUGUCAAAUAUCAAUGUUGAUGAUAUUCACUCUGGAGAUUUCUUGGCUAUAUCCAAAAUUCGUGGCCAUUGGGGUGGUUUUGAGACUAUCGAGAAGUGGGCAACUGGAUCUUUUGCUGGUCAUACUGCCGUUUGUUUGAAGGAUUCUGAAGGAAAGCUUUGGGUUGGAGAGUCUGGACAUGAUAAUGACAAGGGAGAAACUGUUAUAGUUGUGUUACCAUGGGAAGAAUGGUGGGCCUUCGAGCUGGCACAAGAUGAUGCAGAUCCUCAUAUUGCAUUGCUUCCUUUGCACCCUGAUAUUCGGGCCAAACUUAAUGUGACUGCAGCAUGGGAGUAUGUUAGAAGCAUGUCAGGGAAACCUUAUGGUUACCAUAAUAUGAUAUUUAGUUGGAUAGACACUAUUCACGGGAACUACCCACCUCCUUUAGAUGCUCAUGUGGCUGCUUCAAUCAUGACUGUGUGGAGUAAGUUGCAGCCAAAUUAUACUGAUUUGUGGAACGAAGCCUUGAACAAACGACUUGGUACCAAGGGUCUUGAUCUGCCUGAAAUAAUAGUUGAGGCUGAAAGGCGAGGUUCAUCUUUUGAUGAAUUGCUGACAGUUCCUGAACAAGAUGAUUGGCUUUAUGCUGAUGGGAGAUCAACCUCUUGUGUUGCCUACAUUGUUGAAAUGUAUAAACAAGCUGGCUUAUUCCAUCCCAUUACAGACUCCAUUCAAGCUACAGAGUUCACUAUAAAGGAUGCUUAUAUCCUAAAGUUUUUCGAAGAUAAUUCAAGUCGAUUACCUGAAUGGUGCAACGAACACGACGAUGUUAAGCUUCCUUUCUGUCAAAUCACAGGAAAGUAUAGGAUGGAACUACCUGAUUACAAUACUAUUGAGCCAUAUCCACACAUGAAUGAGAGAUGUCCAUCUCUGCCUCCGAAAUAUAUCCGACCAGAUGGUUGUUAAAAACCGUUUAUUGUGUUCUUGAAUACCAACUUGCUUCUUGUAUUCAUUCUUCAGAUGAUAGCAUUGUUGUGCAUGCCAUCCAAGUUCCAUGUGUUUAUAAGAAAUUGUCCAAAAAUAGUAUAAUAAUAAGAAGACUAGUGAUGAUUAGGAAAACAUUGUGACAGUGGGAUUUAGGCUUUGUACACAAAACUAUACCAUCUGUUGCAUAUGCAAAGUGGUUAUUGUAGAACAA